UCAUCUAAAUGCUCCCAUGCACUAUCCAAAGCUCCCUUCAGACCACUUAAAUGCUCCUUUCAGACCACCCAAUGUUCCUCUCAACCUACUAUCUAAUGUUUUUUCGAACUACCCAAUGUUCCCUUCGGACCAUCCAAGUUAUUUUCGGACUACCCGAGGUUCCCUUUGAACUACCUAGUUUUCCCUUCAAAUAAUUUUAUUGAAAAAUUAAAUGUUUCAUUACUAGGAUUGGCCUUAUAUGUCCUAUAAUACUCUUCACCAUCACAAUCAACACCAUCAACAACAGCAACAACUUCAUCUACAUCAACAACAACAACAAUUAGGUUAUUUAAAUCAACUAGAUAAUUGUGGCAAUUCCCUCAUUGAUCAACAACAACAAAGAAUAUUACUUUACAAAAAUAAUGGCAAUAAUAAUGGAGAUGAAGUUGGAGGAGGUGUUGCACUUCUUUCUCCUGUAGAUUCUGGUAUUGGACAAGAACUCUUGUUGGAACAGGCAAAACAGCAGUUACACGAAUUCUUCGGCCCAGUAUCUUUAUCCUCAGCAGGUGUUUUAGUCCCUUCACAACAACAACAUUCUUCAGUUAUUCACCAACAUCACGGAGAUAAUACUGGACAAGAUACCCUCAAUCAUGCCCUUUUACUCCAACAACAACAACAAAGCCAACAACAACAAAAUAGGCAAAGAGAACAAAGGAGUAGUGCUGAAUCUAAUCAAUCAGCACAGUUGCAACGAGUACAUGAAUCUAGAGAACAGUCAAUUCCUGUAUGUAUCCCAAAAUUAGACAAUCAAUUGGGCUUUCAAUAUACACUUGAAGCACCGAUCUCUACAUCUAUUAGAAAAGAAGAUGAUAGAAUGACAUAUGUCAACAAAGGCCAAUUUUAUACUGUUUCUUUUGAUUAUAUUCUUGAUUUACGGUGUCCUCUUAAAGGAAUGACUGUUAGGAGCCAAAUAAUAAUAGUAUUUCGAGAGGAUAAAUCAUUUGAAGAAGAAUUAAGAACUUGGCUAGUUUGGUAUAAACGGCAACAUUCCCCUAAACAACGCAUAAUUGAAAUUGAUGCAAAAAACUCUAUGGGGGCUAUUGGGGGAAAUUUUGAUGAAAUUGCCCAUAAUGCUGUCCAAUUUUGUUGGACGCCUGGGGAACAACCUGGGCCUAAAGUUUGUUUUGAAAAAAAUUUUUAA